AUGAGCAACCGCAGCAACAGCACCGGCUCUUCGUCCAAGUCGCAAACGGCUGUCGAACUCCCAAUCUCAAAGGAAACCCGAGUCCUCAAUCUGAAAACCGGUACAUCGAUCCUGUUCUCAAAGGAUCCGUCCGAUAGGGAGGUUAAAUGGCUUGGAAUAGAAGAUGACGUGAUAUGGUUAAAGGACACCGCCUCCGGCGCAACGGAGGUUUGGGUUGGAGACGCGGCUGAAAGAGAAAAGAGAAGCUACUGUGCCGGCAAGAUCGCCUCAUACGCCUUCCAUCUCAAACUCAAAAGACUCUUCAACGAGCAUGACGACAUUGCUAUAGCGGUAGCAUGUCCAACCACUUCAACCGGCGGCAUGUAUACUCUGAAGCAAGGAGAAGACGUGGUAGCAGAAGAUGAAGUCACAAAUGCGAUCUGGUAUACGACGCUCCGCAAGAAACCCGUCACUGAAGAUGGAACUGAGGCACGGUAUAUCAUCUCGCCGACCAAAUGGGCAAAUGCUCUACGAGGUACAGGUCUCGAAUCGCCAAUGCCGUCUCCUCUCGGCUCGAUGCAUGAUUUUGACAUCUCCUCAAGCGGCAUCGUCUUCUUGUCAAAAGACACAACAGGGGGAUCUCCCAACUUUCCUAGCAUAAACGUGUAUUACAUUCCCUUGAAGACGUUCACAGAAGUCUCACGCCCGAGGCCGCAGAUCAUCCGCGUCAAAGACUACGAAGGGCGCUCUUCUCAUCCAGUCUUCUCACCAAAUGGUGGUAGCGUUGCCUUCUUGAAGAAGCAGCAUCCCAUCGAUCAGAACGACAGAAACCGUAUCAUUGUGAUCAACCGGAUAAGAGACUUUAGAGCAUAUGUGACUGUAGACGAUAUGCCGACCCAACAGAGUGAGAAAAGCUGGCAUCUUUCUCCGUUCACAUUCUCGUGGUCCGACAAUGGAACGGAGCUCUAUGUCGUAGCCGUCGACCACGGAAUCAGAAGGCUCUUCAAGAUUCCGGCCGCCCUUUCAAGCAUCAAGAAAGAGCCCGAGCCGAUAACCAGUGAGAGCAACACUCCUGCUGACGUGAGGCACUUGCGCAUGGUUUUCUCUGCGCCAAUGGAGGCAAGACCUUGA